CCUUUCUCAGCAGAAGUGAAGUGAACUGGCUGACCCAGCUGCUAGUUGCAAGGAAUGCUGCAGUGCACUCAUAGACAGUGCACUAUACGUGGAUAUGGGUUGGAUGGGAAUGAUUACGGUUACCCAACAGUGUUGUGAUCGUAUUACAGAGUCGGGGGAGUGAACAUUAGAUUUUCUUUUAAAUUGGAAUACAUGUUGUAUUUGAAGAGUUUGGGUAGGAAUUAUAAGGUUGUGAUCUUUGGGAAUCAUUUGCAACAUAGGAUUAUCGAAUGUUUGCGCUCCAUGAUUCUGGAAAUCACGCGCUGUUCAAAGCCGCCUGGUUCACGCAGCUCUCUGCAGAAACACAAAACAUCGGUGAACAUUUAAGGAACAACUAGGAUCGACUGCUACCGUUAUCUUAAUUUGUCAAUAGCAUCUCAUGUUCGGUUCGGUUCUGCAGGACAACAAUGUUUUCACUGAGGAUCGUCACGGCGGAUUAUUACAUGAGCAGCCCGAUCAGAGAGCUGGACGUCUGUUAUUCUGAAUUCAGAGAGAACGAUGUCAAGAAAGUGCCCGUGGUGCGGAUCUUUGGGGCAACACCAGCAGGCCAGAAGACUUGUCUUCAUCUGCAUGGCGUGUUCCCAUACAUCUACGUGCCGUAUGACGGAUUUGGACAGGAAGCAGAUCGUUACCUUCGACAGGUGGCCUACAGUAUUGACAGAGCCCUGAAUGUCAGCAUGGGAAACCCCUCGUCUAAUGUGCAGCACAUCUUUAAAGUGGUUCUGGUGUCUGGCAUGCCUUUCUAUGGAUACCAUAUGAAGGAAAAAACCUUUAUGAAGAUUUACCUAUACAACCCACAGAUGGUCAAAAGGUGAGUCCUAGUAUUUGUCUGGGUCUUGUAAAAUCAAAAAGUACUGACGCUCUUGUGCCAAGUUGGAAAAAAAGUGCAGCAGUAUCGUUAAUGUUGGGUACAACUCAAUUUGGUCUGACUGACAAGCGUCUGCUUUUGAGUUCACUUGAGUGAAUGUUGUGUGCAUGCUCUGUGAAGAAUGCAUUUAAAUGGUCAAAUGCACAUCUUGGCCCAAAUGCCACUUUUCAUGAGGUAUUAAAGUAAACAUGCCGGUUAUUCCUAAUAGACUUGCCACUGUCAGUUUUGUCUUUAAUAUGAAUCAGAAAAACAUAUUGACAAAAACACUCUUUGUACUAUAAUUGUGCAGAUAACAUGCCAGUGCCAAUAAUAGUUGUAGUUAGUUCUGUUGUUGCUUGUUGUUUUUGUGAAGGUGUGAAUCAGAGGUCGCGUUAACCGAAAAUUUUCCGUCAUUGACGGAAUUUUUUUAUCAAUGACGGAAAAAUCUGAAGGCCGUCCGUCACGGUGACAGAUUACACUCAGUGUGAUCUACUGUAAAUUGUAACUGUAAUUCCCACCCCUGUCCAGUUGGUGGCGAGUGCGCUCCAAUGUAGCAGCAGAGCAAUGGAUCCAGAACAAAAAUAAAACUGGCAGGAAUCUUUUGCUAUGCGUUUGAUACUGAUAACGCACAGGCGAGUACCCAGAAGCUACAACUCUCUAUCACGCCACAUUAAAGAGCGCCAA